AUGGCACUUGGAUGUGACAGUAUAUUUCCUGCAUUUGAAGUUCGUUGUUAUAGUGGUAGUUCUGGAAGGGAACAUCAUCAAGGACCUUGGAAAAUAUAUUCUGUUUAUGAUAUCCUGGAUAUGGGAACUCAUCACCACACUGUGACAAAAGCAGAAGUUCCUGAUCAUAUCCUUUACGUUACUGGAACCUGUGUUCUUAUAAUUGGAUCUAUUGGAGUUAUAGGAAACCUUUUAGUUCUCUAUGCAUUUUACAGCAACAAGAAGCUGAGGACACCGCCAAACUACUUUAUAAUUAAUUUGGCUGUGAGUGACUUCCUGAUGUGUGCUUCUCAGGCCCCCAUUUGCUUUAUCAACAGUUUGCACAAAGAGUGGAUACUUGGAGAAAUAGGUUGUAACCUGUAUGCUUUUUGCGGGGCGCUCUUUGGAAUAACCUCAAUGAUGACUUUAUUAGCUAUUUCCGUUGAUCGAUACCUUGUGAUCACUAAGCCUCUGCAAUCCAUGCGGUGGACUUCCAAGAAACACACAUCGCAGAUCAUUGUUAUUGUCUGGCUCUACUCGCUGGGAUGGAGCGUGGCUCCACUUCUUGGGUGGAGUUCCUAUGUGCCAGAAGGGUUGAUGAUAUCUUGUACAUGGGACUAUGUAACCUAUUCCCCAGCAAACAGAAGUUACACCAUGAUGUUAUGUUGCUGUGUGUUUUUCAUUCCCCUGGUUAUAAUAUUCCAUUGCUAUUUAUUCAUGUUUCUGGCCAUAAGAAGUACUGGCAGGGAUGUUCAGAAGCUAGGGUCCUAUGGUCGUAAAUCCUACCUCUCGCAUUCCAUGAAGAAUGAAUGGAAGCUGGCAAAAAUUGCUUUUGUGGUCAUCGUUGUGUUUGUCUUGUCUUGGUCUCCAUAUGCUUGUGUCACCAUGAUUGCAUGGGCGGGCCAUGGCAACACUCUAACUCCAUAUUCUAAAUCUGUGCCAGCUGUUAUCGCCAAAGCUUCUGCAAUCUACAACCCUAUCAUCUAUGCAAUAAUUCACCCAAGAUACAGGAAAACCAUUCACAGUGCUGUUCCCUGCUUGCGAUUUUUUAUACGGAUAUCAAAGAGCGAUCUCUCAUCAGGUUCUAUAAAUGAAUCUUCAUUCAGGGCCUCUGUCUCCAGCCGUCGCUCUUUUGCCUCCCGGAACAAGAGUAGUUGUGUUUCAUCAGUUUCCACUGGAGAAGCAGCUUGGAGUGACGUAGAGCUUGAGCCAGUGGAGCCAGUUCAUAAGAAACUGCAGCCUUCCAGAAGUAACUCUUUUUCAUCAUGUCCGAGACAGGAGGAGAAGAGGGAACUGCUUCUGAAGGCCCACAGCUGCAAUGCAAUCACUGAAGAAAAGGUUUUGCUCUCCUCCAGCUACUUGCAGAAGCUGCUUGGGAGGUCAGUCCUACAGAAUUCCCCUAAAGCACUUGUGACCAGUUCCUUAAAAGCAGCUUCUCUUCCCGUUGGCUUGAACAGCAUCAGCAAAGGAAGAGGCUCAGAUACCUCACAAAGGGAAACUCAAAUAAACAGAGGCCUGGACCCUAUCAUUAGUACUGCAGUCCCACGUAUCAUUGUCAUUCCUACUUCCGAGACCAACCUUGUUGAAGGACAAGAAGAACAUGAAAAUGGAGAGGAGGAAGAGACUGAUUUAUUCCACUUUCAUGGCAAGAAUAAUUUAUUGGACAUAGACGGGCUUAGCUCUUCCACAGAUUUCCUUGCAGCAUUUGAGAAGUUUCUGUCAUAAGUGUAAAAAAAGAAAACUUUCUGGUCAUUGUUUUCUUGGCUGCUUCUCCACAUUAUUAUACCAAAUAACUAAAGCCUUCUAGAUUAAAUCUUCAGACUUUUUGUAUAUUUGUAUUAUAGACACUAGGCAGUCUUUGAAUCCAUCUUUGUUCAGACCUCUUCAGACACUGAAAUAGCCUUUUAGAUGGUGCUGCUAAAAUGAGCAGUGGAAUAUCUGGCAGCAAACUAGAAUGGCGUAUUUCAAGUCAACCUGCUGCUUCAUGGUUUUUAAUAUAGAUGGGUGGAUGCCAGCAAAGAACUAUCUAGCACCCAAUGAAUACUUCUCCUACCUGGGUGCCCAGGAUGCAGUUUCAUGAUUCAACAUCAUUCCAAGUACUAUUAUCUCUAGAAGGCAAUAGUUCCUGGAAUGUCAUCACAGGAUAAGCUAUGUAGUGACUGCAUACACCAAAAUUUGUUGACGGUAUGGACUUCAGAAGUAGUACUUCCCAAAAUUAUGGCAAACAGCAUAGCAGCACCCACUGAGUUGAUUAUUAAUGUGGACACCCUGUACUAGUCUCUCUUGCAAGUCUCUAUACAACCUCACAAUCAGAAGCACCUAUGUCUUUUUGUCAAGUCUUUUUUUUUUCCCUAGUAGGAAGUUUUCUGUGCUAGCUAGAUGAAUGGAUCAUUCAAUACAAAAGUGAUUAUUUGUUUAGAAGAUAAUAAGGGUAAGAAAGAGAGGCUUGGAUUUCAGCUGAAUGUUAGGACAGCCACCGUGCCCAUUCAGCAGAUUACUGACAGAUUAGAGGUGUUAUACUGCCCCAAAAACAAAUUUUAAAGGCAUUUUAGAGUAUCUUGGGGUGCGGUAUUGUUUAAGCAUGUGUGAACUGUAAUGACUCCUGUUCAAAGAGUGGAUUCUCACAAUUGGCUUAAAGACUCAUUGAUGAAAAUAAAACACCAACUGCUACAGUUCAGUUUUCUUGUUGGUGGGACACAAAGGGAGGGGGCAGGUAUUAAGAGCUUUUUUCCCUCUCAGCUGCCCAUGAGAAAAAGAACAGGGAUGCAUAAACUUUACUGUGAGGGGCCAACCUUCCAAAGUACCUCAGAGGAACUUCCUACCCCAAGCUGAAAAAGAGCUCUGUGUAGCUUGAGAGCUUGUCUCUCUCACCAACAGAAGUUGGUCCAAUAAAAGAUAUUACCUCACUCACCUUGUCUUCCUUUCCCAGCUGUCCCCGUGGGGAUUGAGUAUAGUAGCAUAGGGCUAUACCAUUGUAAAUGUGGGAUUUACUGCAGGAUGCCAGUUCACAUAUUUACUUGUGGAUAAUGGGGAAAGACACAAAACCACAAGGAACAAAAUGCUAAGCUAGGCAACCAUUAGAUAAUGGCUUUGGCAAAACACGUUGAUCUUAGUCCUGAAUCUUACUAGUAAUUAAUUAGCAAUUGUUUGUUUCUGUGACUUCUAUGUUUAAAACAAAUGUACCAUGUGUGCAUUUUUGCCAGUAGAUCCAUACGUAGGGUGACCAGACAUCAAGUGUGAAAAAUUGGGA